CUCGCCGGUGUGACCUGGUGUUACGUGCCGCGGAAUCACUAGCCGGUCAGUCAGUGUGCUGCCUUCUUCCUGCCCUUGAACACUUGGCUGGACAGUGUUUGCGCCUGCCUCUACCUCUUGUAGUGACAACUGACAGAUUAAACAGUACAACACAUCAACAUGUCGAGUCCGUCUUUGAAAGACCUGCCAAAAGUAGCCUUAGACUUGAAAAGCGAGCUAGAGGGUUUCAAUCAUGGCUGUAUGAAGAAAGCCGCGACCGCUGAAAAAAACGUUUUACCUUCCGCCGAAGACGUACGACAAGAACGACAGCAUUCUGAAUUUAUCCACGAUGUGGAGACAUUUAAACCAGAUCAAUUGAAACAUGCUGAUACGAAAGAGAAGAUCAUUUUACCCAAUGCCAAAGAUGUAGCCGCAGAAAAGACCCAACAAACGCUGAUGUCGGGCAUCGAGACAUUCGACACGGCAAGUUUGAAACACACCGAAACUCAAGAAAAGAAUCUGCUACCUGACAAGGAUGCGAUCCAGCAGGAGAAAGGAAAGCAACAGCUAAUGUCUGGUAUUGAAAAUUUUGAUCCUGCAAAAUUGAAACACGCGGAAACGCUUGAGAAAAAUCCCUUACCAACCAAAGAAGCAAUCGAUGCUGAGAAAGUAGCUGCUUAAAGGAAGCUUUUUAAUAUGGAAAGAACGGAAAAGAAAGGAAGCAGCGACUCGUCAUUUCUUCCAUUUUCUAUAUCGUGACAUUUUAUAAUAAUUAUUCCAUACAUUGUCCACAAGAAAAAAGGAGAAUGCGAAACACUGUGUUAAUGUAAUCUUAUGAUUAUACUUAUCCUACCGCCAUGAGCGUCCCUUUCGGCGAGACGCGCACAAGUCGAUUUUUACACGAAAAACUAUUAACAACGGAACGACGAUGAAGGUUCAGGCCCAAAUUUAAUUAAGAAAAAAAAAUGUGCGGUGAAACUUUUUACAAGUGAUACCUAUUUCGAUAUUCCUAAUAAUGUAUUAUUGCGAACGAUUUAAGUAAUUUUGGGCUUGUAUCGACAUCCGUCUCUUAAACACUAACUCGCCAAAGGAUGUACUUUUUAUACUAAGAAAGCUGCACGCAGGCAAACAUUAUUUUCGAU